CAUUGUUUUUUUCCCUCUUUUCGAGGGCGAGGAUACGUUCAGAGGAUGAGGAUUGGGUGCAUUGGCCGACUUCGUCCGUUUUGCCUAUGGAAACGCAAUUUUUUCUGCCUUACUCGCUGCAUCAUACACACCCCUCCAGUCCAAUUAACCCCAGUAAUAAGGGACGGGGAGAGGGGACUAAUCAUGACAGGGUGGAUGUAAGAAUUGGAUGGAUGGAUAUUGUGGUGGAUGUGGUAUCCGUACUCUCGUAGUGGAUGGGCUUGAGGAUCGAGGUACUUUUCUAUAUCCCGCUGGGUAAGGUAAUUCGAUUUAAAAUCAAAGCACAUCCUUCUCUCCUACUAUCCCAUUCUCAUUCUUCUCGUCCUCUGUUUCUGGUCUGUUCGUCGUCGUCCUUCUCCGAGUAACACCUGUGCAAUCGUUGACCCCCACGAUUGCGUGCUCCAACUUCUGUUUUCUUUAACAAAAUCCCGGGGAGCGACUCGGUUUUUGGCAUUCUUGUUCAUCCUCCUCCCUCAAAACCACAAGAACUUCACAUCACAAUGGCCAACACUCCUCAUGGCGGUGUCCUUAAGGACCUCUUCGCUCGCGACCUGCCUCGCCAGGCCGAGCUCGAGGCUGAGUCUCAGAAGCUCCCUGCUCUUACUCUCAGCGAGCGACACCUUUGCGAUCUUGAGCUGAUCCUUAACGGUGGCUUCUCCCCCCUCGAAGGUUUUUUGACUGAGAAGGACUACAAUGGCGUUGUUGAGAACAACCGUCUCGCUGAUGGCGCCCUCUUCUCCAUGCCUAUCAACCUCGAUGUUGACCAGGCCCAGAUCGACCAGCUUGGUAUCAAGGCUGGUGCUCGCAUCACCCUCCGCGAUUUCCGUGACGACCGAAACCUUGCUAUCCUGACUGUCGAAGAUGUCUACCGACCUGACAAGGUCAACGAGGCCAAGAAGGUCUUUGGCAGCGAUGAUGACACCCACCCCGGUGUCAAGUAUCUCUUUGAUACCGCUAAGGAGUUCUACGUUGGUGGUAAGCUUGAGGCUAUCAACCGUCUCGAGCACUACGAUUUCCUCGACCUCCGAUUCACUCCCUCUGAGCUCCGCGCUCACUUCAACAAGCUCGGCUGGCAAAAGGUCGUCGCUUUCCAGACCCGAAACCCCAUGCACCGAGCUCAUCGUGAGUUGACGGUCCGCGCCGCCCGCUCUCAGCAGGCCAACGUUCUGAUCCAGCCCGUCGUUGGUCUCACCAAGCCCGGUGACAUUGACCACUUCACCCGUGUCCGUGUCUACAAGGCUCUCCUGCCCCGAUACCCCAACGGCAUGGCUGCUCUCGCUCUUCUGCCCCUCGCCAUGCGAAUGGGUGGUCCCCGCGAGGCCCUCUGGCACGCCAUUAUCCGAAAGAACCACGGUGCUACCCACUUCAUCGUUGGCCGUGACCACGCCGGUCCCGGUAAGAACAAGCAGGGCAAGGACCACUACGGUCCUUAUGAUGCUCAGGUCCUCGUCCAGCAGCACCAGGAGGAGCUUGGUAUCAAGAUGGUCGAGUUCCAGGCCAUGAUCUACCUCCCCGAUUCUGACGAGUACCUCCCCAUCAACGAGAUCCCCGAGGGCACCCGCACCCUUAACAUCUCCGGCACUGAGCUCCGACACCGUCUCCGAACCGGCAAGGAGAUCCCCGAGUGGUUCUCCUAUCCCGAGGUUGUCAAGGUUCUUCGCGAGGAGAACCCUCUCCCCGCCGAGAAGGGUUUCACUGUCUUCAUGACUGGUUACCAGAACAGCGGAAAGGACCAGAUCGCUCGUGCUCUCCAGGCUACACUCAACCAGGGUGGUGGUCGCCCUGUCUCCAUGCUUCUCGGCGAGAACGUGCGACACGAGCUCUCCCCUGAGCUUGGCUUCACCCGCAAGGACCGUGACCUCAACAUCCAGCGCAUUGCCUUUGUUGCCUCUGAGCUGACCAAGGCUGGUGCCGCUGUCAUCGCCGCUCCUAUUGCUCCUUUCGAGGAUGCUCGUAAGGCUGCCCGCGACCUCGUUGAGAAGUCCGGACCCUUCUUCCUUGUUCACGUUGCUACUCCUCUCGAGUUCUGUGAGAAGACUGACCGCAAGGGUGUCUACGCUGCUGCUCGCCGUGGUGACAUUAAGAACUUCACUGGUGUCGAUGACCCCUAUGAGGCCCCUGCCAAGCCCGACCUCGUUGUCGACCUUGAGAAGCAGAACGUCCGAUCCAUUGUGCACCAGAUCGUCCUGCUCCUUGAGAGCAACGGUCUCCUCGACCGCCUGUAAAUGGUGAUUUUGGACGAAUUAUCUCGGGAUUCAGCCGAGGGAGAUACCCGCAAGCUACAUCUACCUACCGCUUCGAUGCGCAUGGGUGGCGUGGCUAAAAGCAGCGUCGUGGUAUGAAUAUUUAUUGUACCACUCGCUCUACGAAAAUUUGCAAACAAUAGCGCAAGUGAUAAACGGAAUUGGCGUUAAUUUGAAUGAGACGGGAUAGGGAAAAGAAGCGCGAACAUGAUGAAUUAAUUACAUCACGUUCCUGGAACAAUUAGACGGACGAGAAAGUAUCGGCAUAGCAUAGAUUAGGAUCGAUACAAUGAAGAUCAUGAUGAAACUAUUUUCAGAAGCGAGCAUAUGCAAGUGAUACGUGGGCUGCGUACUCGGCGGCCUAUCACGAAUGACAGUGUGACGGUUGUCAGUUGUGUUAGGCUGUGAAUGGAUGUUGCAGGAACUCGUGACAGUUUGAGCGCUUAAUCAAUCGUUGGUUGAAUGAUUGGGCAGCACCGCUAAGAGUUGAGUGAGUGAGAAUAUGGGCCGUUAAGAUGGAGAUUGAUGCGUGGCAGGCAGCUGUGGAUGGAGACGAUGAGAUAUUAUUUCUGAGUCAUGUGAAUAUACUCUGGCAUAGGUAGGCACCGUUUUGCAUUCUUCAUAGAAAGGUAUCAACACAAAAGCCUCUGUCACAC